CCGAUGCAAGUAGCCGGGAGAAGGGUGUUUCUGGUCCGAUUGAGAUGUCAGUCAGGGCACAGGAGGAAAAUGGCAACCGCGACAGAGCGCGGGGCGGAAUGGUCGCCCAGAGCUGUCCUUCACUGCGGGCCGCCGGGCCUGACGCUGGCGGGGAUGGCGCGCGGGGCCUCCGCGGAGGCACGGAGCCCUCUUGGCUGCGGGCCCGGUGCGACCUAGCACGGGAGAGGCCUCCCCGGGGCACCCGGGCCCGCGCGAACGGGCUGGGACCCGCGGGGACGUAGCGACCCCUGUCCCACCUCCCUCCUCCAGGGUGUGAGCUCCCAGUUUCCAGGAGAGGAGGCCUGCCCACCCACCCCAGCAGUUUUUUGUUUUAUAAUGUUUAGCUCCCAUGCAAAUCCAGUGUUUCAUUUUAAAGCUUGAGCCAUCUUAUCAUCGCCUUCCUAGCACUCAUUAUUUGAAGAAAUCAAGCUGUUAUCAGUUGCUUUGGCAACGCCAAGCAGAGUAUCUGGAAACUGACCGCAGCUAACAGCCGCGUUUUAUAAAUUGACACUUAUAUUCCUCCUUAGCAAAGGGAUCCAACUUGGCGUUCUUUCCUUUGAAGCUCAAGCCCUAUUGGCAGGUCUGUUGAUCCUCUCAUAGUAGUUUGUCAACUUUAGAAUCUCACCAAAUUUUAGAGCUUUGGUAAAAUCCAGUUCAUCCUUUUCAUUUACAGACCUGAUGAGCGCUUUGUUGCUUAGUCAAGGUCUUCCCACUCAACAGCUGAAUUUGAGGUCUGCAGUCACUUUUGUCAUGGCAUUCCCCACAGUACCAAGAAUGAAAUGCCAGUUUAACCUGCUCUGGGCAAUGUAUCCACAAGAGAACAUGCAAACUCUAGCCCUGUGAGAGGAAAAAAGUCACAAUGGAUACUACAAGCCAUAGCCUUGUCCUUCUGCAGCAGUUGAACAUGCAGCGAGAAUUUGGUUUUCUAUGUGAUUGCACAGUUGCUAUUGGAGAUGUGUACUUCAAAGCCCACAGAGCUGUGCUCGCUGCUUUUUCUAACUAUUUUAAGAUGAUAUUUAUUCACCAAACAAGUGAAUGCAUAAAAAUACAACCAACUGACAUCCAACCUGACAUAUUCAGCUAUUUGUUACAUAUUAUGUACACGGGGAAAGGGCCAAAACAGAUUGUGGAUCAUAGUCGUUUGGAAGAAGGGAUUCGAUUUCUUCACGCAGACUACCUUUCUCAUAUUGCAACUGAAAUGAAUCAAGUGUUCUCACCAGAGACUGUGCAGUCUUCAAAUCUGUAUGGCAUUCAGAUCUCAACAACCCAUAAAACAGCUGUCAAACAAGGGCUGGAGGUCAAAGACACUCCUCCUGCCAGCAACAGUGGAAACAGAGGUUCUGUCCAGGGUGACCACCCCCAGCUGCAGCUCUCUCUUGCUAUUGGGCUGGAUGAUGGUACUGCAGACCAGCAGAGGACCCAUCCUUCCACGCAGGCCUUGGAGGAGCCCCAGAAGCCCCCAGUGUCAAUCAAGCAGGAGAGGUGUGACCCAGAGUCUCUGAUCUCCCAGGGCCGCCCCUCCCCCUCACCAGAGGUAACAGGCCCUUCUUUUACAGAAAAUGGUAUCAAAGUGCACGUAUGUCAUUACUGUGGGGAGCGUUUUGAGUCCCGUAAUAACCUUAGACAACAUCUCCAUACCCACGUGUCUGGAUCACUCCCAUUCGGUGUUCCUGCUUCCAUUUUGGAAAGUAAUGACCUUGGUGAAGUCCAUCCACUUAAUGAAAACAGUGAGGCUCUAGAAUGCCGCAGGCUCAGCUCCUUCAUUGUCAAGGAGAAUGAACAUCAGCCUGAUCACUCAAAUCGAGGUACUGCAGAGCCUUUGCAGAUCAGUCAGGUGUCUUUGAUCUCCAAGGACACAGAGCCAGUAGAGUUGAACUGUAAUUUUUCCUUUUCAAGGAAAAGAAAAAUCAGCUGUACCAUCUGUGGUCAUAAAUUUCUUCGAAAGAGUCAGUUACUAGAACACAUGUAUAUACACAAAGGUAAAUCUUACCGUUACAACCGAUGCCAAAGGUUGGGUAACACAUUGGCUCAGAGAUUUCAACCAUAUUGGGACAACUGGUCUGAUGUCCCCCUGAAAAGUGCUCGCUUGUCACAGGAACAUUUAGAUUUGCCUUGUGCCUUAGAGUCAGAACUCACACAAGAAAAUGUGGACACUAUCCUAGUUGAGUAGCAGCUUCAUAAUUUUUAUACCAAGGCAUUUUUUUAUUCAUAAAUUAUUUUCUUCAAAUUCUGUUGACUUUUAAGAACAAUGUAUCCAUGGUUUUAAGUAUUAGUCUAUGGAUAUUAAAUUAACUUUCAGUUAGUCUAGUCUUACAAACUUCUUACAAUUAAAUCAUAUGUUAGAAAUCAGAAGUUCUAGCUGGGCCUAAUGACUGAAGCCUUACUUAAUCCUAACAGUUUGGGAGGUAGAGAUUGGGGGAUGGUGGUUCAUUGCCAGUCUGGGCAUAUUUCUCAUUUCAAUCAAUAGUUGGCUGCCGUGACACCACAGAACACACCUGUCAUCCCAGCAUCAAAAGAAAGUACAAAUAAGAAGAUCACAGUCCAGGCAUAAAGGGAUCCUAUCUUGAAAAGGGGCUGAUGGAAUGACCAAAAAAAAAAAAAAAUCAGAAGUAAUAGAAAUAUGGAAACUUGAGAGUAAUUAAAUUUAUAGAAUCUCUAAACUUUGCCACAUUGCAGAAUCAGUCAUAUAAAUUUGAAUCUGAUGAAAUAUAUGAAAAAACUUUU